AAUUGUAUAUAUAAACUUAAACAACAAUGGUAUACAUACAAAGGAAUACAACUGUUCAUGUUUAGAUAUUGAAAAAAAUCAAUUUUGGCUUCUUGUGGAAAUUUUCGCGUGUGCGACUUUGUAAUAAAAAAGAAAUAUAUGUGCAUAUAUUAAUAACAAUUGUGCUAAUCCUUUCUUAUAUACAACGGAAAUUUUUCAAAGCAAAGUCAACGAAACCCUGUAAUCACUUAAUAACAGUAUGAAAAUGGUGUUGUCGCAGCGGCAGCGCGAGGAGCUUAACCAAGCGAUUGCCGAUUACCUAGGCACCAAUGGCUAUUCAAGUGCUUUAGAAGCUUUCCGUAAAGAAGCAGAUAUUACUGGUGAAGCCGAACGAAAAAUAGUCGGGCUACUAGAGAAAAAGUGGACAUCUGUAAUACGUUUACAAAAGAAAGUAAUGGAACUUGAAGCCAAAUUAUCCGAAGCUGAGAAAGAAGUAAUCGAAGGAGCACCGUCAAGAGCUAAACGCAGCCCAGGCGAAUGGAUUCCUAGGCCACCAGAAAAGUUUUCUCUCUCGGGACAUCGUGCUAGCAUCACCAGAGUCAUUUUUCACCCAACUUACAGUCUCAUGCUGUCAGCUUCGGAAGAUGCUGUAAUUAAAAUUUGGGAUUUCGAGACCGGAGAGUACGAACGAAGUCUUAAAGGACACACAAGCUCAGUGCAAGAUAUUGCUUUUGAUUCUCAAGGAAAACUUUUGGCAUCAUGUAGCGCAGACUUAUCAAUAAAAUUAUGGGAUUUUCAGCAAAGUUACGACUGCGUUAAAACAAUGCUUGGACAUGAUCAUAAUGUAUCGUCGGUAGCUUUUGUACCAGCUGGCGACUACGUUCUUUCGGCUUCUCGUGAUCAAACCAUUAAAAUGUGGGAGGUGGCAACAGGUUAUUGCGUAAAAACUUACUCUGGACACAGGGAAUGGAUACGCAUGGUACGUGUGCAUAUGGAUGGUAACAUUUUUGCUUCAUGUUCAAUUGAUCACUCGAUCCGCAUUUGGUCCAUAAAUUCAAGGGAGUGCAAAGCGGAAUUACGUGCUCAUGAUCACACCGUCGAAUGCAUUGCUUGGGCUCCAGAUAUUUCUACCACGCAUAUAAAUGAAGCUACAGGCUCUGACAAUAAGAAAGGACACCAUCAAGGUCCAUUUCUUGCUUCUGGCUCAAGGGAUAAAACUAUUCGUGUCUGGGAUGUUGGUGUUGGCUUAUGUUUAUUUGUUCUUACCGGGCAUGAUAAUUGGGUACGCGAGUUAACUUUCCAUCCUGGGGGCAAAUAUCUUGUGUCGGCUAGUGAUGAUAAAACUAUUCGAGUUUGGGAUUUACGCAACAAACGAUUCAUGAAGACUUUAUAUGCUCAUCAACAUUUUUGCACAUCAGUCGAUUUUCACAAAAAACUCCCGUAUGUAAUCUCCGGCAGCGUGGAUAACACAGUUAAAGUUUGGGAAUGCCGUUAAGAUGUUCCUUGACCACUCGGCGCUGGUUAAUUGCCCUCCUGUCAAGCUAAAGAAGAACAAUAUUAAAAAAAUAAACAAUAUUGUUUAAAGCUACAAAUUUACUUCAAAUAUUGCAGAACACACAUAUAUAAAUAUAAUAUAUAUACGUAUACCUAUACAUAUAUAUAUUGUUACAAUUUAAAAUUGAAUCGAGAAUAGCAAAACAAAAUCUUAUUAUGCGUUUAAUAGAAGUAUAAAAUAUGGCGAAAAUAUCUGCUGCAUAGUGCAAAAUAUAACGAGGAGAUAAGCAUGAGUGCUAAUUCUCAGCUAACUACUUUGAAAUAAAAUCCACAUUAUUUUAAGAUCCUUAAGUGAGUUCAAACUAAACUUAAUAAAUGCUUUUAUGCUCGAUAUUCGUCCAAUGA